AUGCCUGCUACUCGCUCCUCCGCUUCCCGGUCCACGAAUAAACCCUACUCUAGAGAUUCCGCGACCAACGUCGUGUGUACUAUUGAGGAGAACGAUGAGGGAGAGUUUCUGGAGGUGCCCGGGCCGUCGAAGAAGCUGCUGGAUGUUGGCGAACCAGGGAACUUGAAAGAGCCGUUGACAAAGGAUAAGGACGCAGGGCCCACGGACAACAUCGUAAACACUGUUAAGGCUCUGACAACAUGCCCCAUCUGUCACGAUCGUCUAAUUGACCCCGUCAUGUGUUCUGCUGAACAUCAAUUACGUAGCACUACCUGCGGUCAUAUGUUUUGUGCAGACUGUCUACACGCCUGGUUUUCUCGCGAGCUGGACAAGAACGAAGAAGCUAUGAAGUUUCGUUGGAGGCCCAACCAUCUCAAUGAAGUUCUCCGCCUCGGCUUAGAUCCUCGCUCUUCACCGGAUGCGAUCCCCAUCCUAAACUCACUUCGGUCCGGUCUCUUCACACUCUGUAGAGAUCUAGCACCAGAGAGUCAGAGGUCAAUCCAAACUCUCUCUUCGGUCUCGGAAGCACAAAUUCUUGGACCACAGUUCGAAUGCCCCACAUGCCGUGAAGUCUUGGUCGCAUCGCCGGCUCGGUCAUUCGUCAUAGAAGGACUUCUUGAGGUCCUACCUGCAGAGGCAGGCGGGCGAGAGGUCAGAGCGGAGUCUCCAAAACGAGAAGAGCAGGAGAGCCGGUGGAUCAAGGAAAGGAAAGGAAAAGGCCAAAAAUUGGUCAGUUUUCUUUGGACAGGGGUUGGGAAACGGUGGAUAUUAGCCGCGUUGCGUGGCCCAAACUCAAACUAUGUCUCCAAUUCGUCUUGA